AUGUUGAUGCAAUCCGCCCUCUCCUGCGACACCAGGAAGUUCCUGAGCCAGCCGCACUAUCGCGGCCUGUCGCCAACGCCGCCACCUUCGAGCGACGGCAUCAGCGGUAGUCUACUCGGUGUCAGUCGCAAACUGCAAAGUCUACUGAACGUCUCUCCUGGCCCUACUCCGUCGACUCCCCCUCGAUCCGUGCGCCUCGCCAGCCCGUUUCAUCAAGAGAUCAAGACCAAGCCCAAGACACGAUCGCGCAAGACCACACCAAAGAUCAACACACCUAGAUCUAGCGCAUCCAGAUCCAGUCCCUCACGAGCCACCACACCUACAGUCAGCAGAGCAAAGACGCCAACCGCGCCGCCUCGCAUUCGCAAGCGCAGUCGCAGUGUCUACGAAGAUGGGGAAAGCGAACAUGAAAUGCCCGGCGUUCGACGACAGCGCGAUGGAUACACAACCCCAAAGCGCAUGCGACAUUUCCCCUAUCACAUGCCUUUGGGAUUGGGUAUAGCCGAUUUCGAAACAUUAAACAACCCGCCUAAACAAGAAUCCAACCCAGAAGCACUUCCACAGAUCAUCAUCCCGUCAAUAGAAAUCGAAGACACCGACACCAACACUACCGCAAACACCGACAACGAUAAAACAGACUGGACAGCCGAAGAAGACGAACAGCUAGUCGAAAUGGUCCUCGAGAAAUUCCGACUGACCAAACGCGACUGGCAAGAAUGCGCUCGUCGCAUUGGCAAAGAUGACGCCAGCGUCGGCAAGCGCUGGCAAGCGCUUCUCGGAGAAGGCAACAUUGGUCUUCGGCGAGGGUCAGGGCAGUUUGUUCGUGGUCGACUAGACGGGUGUUUUCAGCCAUAA